AUGAGCAAGAAGAAAGCAACAAAGAAAGCUAACAAGAUGGUUGUCUACAACGGGGAAGAACCACCAAGUCGAAACAAGCGGAACACCAAUGAUAAAGAGGGAAUACAAAUAUUGGUGCAACAAGAUGCCUCAGGCACGAAGACAAUCAAUCUAACCAUGGAUACGGAUGACGAUAGCAGUGACAAUGAAAAAAGUGACAGGGGAUCAAUGGAAUGUGCCUCAAGCUGCAAGGUGAACUGCCCUAACUUCUUUGCAGCCGCAGAUACUUUCAAAGACAAGAUGGCUACGUGUUGGUUGGUCUUCUCAGGUGCUGUAGUCACUGUUCUCGUCUUCUUUGGCUUUGCCUCAUGUAUCAAAAUAUAUCGAAGCGUCACUCUGAACCCACCAAGCUCAGCCGAUGCCAUGGGAUACAUCGAUGGAAGCGUGCCGAUUUUCGGCCCAACAGGUAAUUAUCGCCCGUCACACAGCGGUUUAUUGGAGCUCGAGCAUUCUCCCAUCACCGAUUCCGACAUGUGUGACAAAGACCAUUCCCCGAUUCCGAUUGUUGAGCUACCUGUCACUCCUCCCCCCAGGGACAAUCAUGAAGUGAUCUUUCAUCCAGAGGCAGAAUCAACCGACUUGACGCUGAAAGAAGAAACAACCGGGUCUGAUUCAGAUCUGCCGUCCGUUACAAACACGAGCGAAACAGCGAUCGAUAUGCCCAGUCCUACCCGAUGUAGCACAAUCCUCCAUGUUCCACGUAGAGAUACAGAUGCAUCAACGAAUCAAAAUACGGUUAGCAACGGUCCCAUCAUCAAGCCAAUAGUCCGAAGAAGUACUCAAUAAAGCGGUCG